UAUAUAAUGACUGUAUCGUGUUAAUUGGUCAUCCAUCGCUAGCUGGAAUGUUACGUACCUACAUGCGUACUACGUAAAUAGGUACCCAACCAACAUACAGAGUAGCGUCAACUUUCCGUCAACCAGAUAAGGGUACAGGUGGGCAGCGUACUAGUUUCACAAUGCUGUGCUGUGCAGUCCCAUAACGGAGUGUGUCGUGAUUAGUUGUAUUGUGAUUCAGUGUUGAUAACGUGUGCUCCGUCGGAAAUACGAAAAUGGGCAACGUUGUGUUUUCUAUAUUAUGGCUAAUUAUCCUGAUAUUUGUGGGAUUUUGGAUAGCCGGUAUCGCCGCUGGCUUUUACAUCCUCAUCAUUCCCUUCACAGUAUGCAUAGAAGCUUUAACGGGCCUGACCGACUUCUUAUUACUAGUGGUACAGUUUCCAAGAUACUGUGCUCAAGCAAUGAUGGAGGGAAAAGGCUUCAACUAGAUAUAGGUGUUAUGUAAAUCUAGUCAAAUUUUUAAUAAAUAUGUGUCUACUUUGAUAAAUAAAUAAUCUUGAUUACCGUGCCAUACAAACCUCGUGGAGUAUUUGUUUAAUAGUUGGAUAUAAAUAUUCAAACACAUAGUGUUGUAUUUAAUUAUUAUGGCUACAAGGAACUUUUUAAUUAAGUAUGCUUUAAACAAGCAUCUAAAAAAUAAUGAACAGUCACAAACAUCUACAUAUAAUCAUGAAAAUAUUGUUUUAUAAUAAGUUAAUGUUAAGUUUUAGUAUAAUGAACAUACAUUCUUAAAUAAACUAAUAAAUUUAAUCCACAGAAAUAGGAAUAUUGUAUAUGAAAAAAUCUAAGCCCAUGUAAAUAAAAGGUGGACGAUCUAACUUUUAGUUGACAAUUAAUCACAGUCUGGACCCUUAGGAUAAUGUUAGAGUUGGCCCAAACCAACGCGCUAUCACAUCAGAGAUGUGCACCGCUUUCAAAUAGUAGCGUAAAAACAAUCAACACGCGCCUCGGCGAACAUUCCCGAUGCACUACAAAACCGGGACAUCCCCAACAGCACCCUUAACGCAUUAUUGUACUGUCAUCGUAGGGUGCUGUACUGCUUCUGAGUAUAAAAAGCUAACAGACUACUCGUGUAAAAGUUUGUAUUAAAUGCUCUAAAUAGAGAUUUUGACCCUCUAACAUGAAAAUCUACGAGCAAUCAUAUUGGCCUUCACAGACAACGCCUUACGCUUCCUACGUCCAUAUCAUCUCUUAGGUCAGAGGUUAACAUAUGACCUAAGUAUUUAAAGUAUUCUACCUUAUAUAACAGGGUAUUGUUUAUUUUAAUUUUUAAUUGGUAUACGAUCUAAAUAUUUACUUCUGACCUACGUUAUAUAUAUAGCAAACCAUAAAUACGGGCAUACGUUUCACAUGUGCCAAGCAGUUUUGUCAAACCACCAGCCGAUGCACUCAGCAGCACCAUGUCGACCGCGUAGUUAAUAUUAUUGAGACAAACUCCUUUCGAGAUUAUGAUAACUCGAGAUUAUGUCACUCAAUUGUUAACAAUUCUUUUUGAAACAGCAAUUGACGGAUUUACGAUUAUGGGUCUACAAUUCAAAUUUUAGUUACCAAGCCUUCAUUUGUAACUGAAAUUAUCAAAUUACAUAAUCCAUAAUCGUAAAACUGUUAAUUUUAAUUUUAAACAAUUAAUAUUAGUAACAAAAUUAAAACAAUUUAAGGGCAGAUUAAUGAGAAGCGACAGGCUCUCCUGGCUUUAAUAAGUUUCAGUUUAAUAACUAUGAUUAGCCCAGAUUUGAUUAUAGGCGAUAUGGAGUACUUGAUAUUAUAUUAGACAUAUUACUCGUGUGAUUUAUAUUUUAAAAAAUAUCUGAAUACUAUUUCAUUUAUCUUACCUUAACACCCACUAUUAUCCCACUAUUGGACUUUAGGGGCAUGAAAAUCUUCACACAAGAGAAUACAUUUUUUACCUAUUCACACGCUGGUAACUUGGUAUUAGUUUUAUUUUGAUUUGUUUUUUUUUCUUUUACGUAAUUUAUUUUUACUUAAAAAAUAUUUUACUUGUAUUCAAGAAAACAAUGGUUCGAUUUAAAAAUAGUUUAAUUUAAACGGCUUCAUUGUACCUAAUUAGACAUAUUUUACAUAGAAACAUUAAGCUUCUUCUAUAUGUACAGUUAUUAAGCACAGAAAAAUAAACACUUACUAAUAA